ACGUGAAAUACAUUAUGAGUGGUGUAUCAUGGAUAUUCAGUGAUAACCAGCUAACCCUGCCAUACCACCACGUACUAUCCAGGUCGAUGUGAGUGAUAUCAGUGCGCAAACUCCAAAUAUACCCAUCAAAUGUUAAUAAGUAAGGUGUGUCAUUCGUGUUCCGGCUAGCUGUUAAGCAAACAUGUGUGGUAUUUGGGCAGUGUUUGGUAGCAGUGGUGAUAUUUUCACUCAUUGCAAGGCGGCAUUCAAAAUAGCUCAUCGUGGACCCGAUGCUUUUCGAUUAGAGAGCAUUUACCGAUUCCCGUCCUGUUGCCUUGGAUUUCAUCGUCUUGCUAUACUUGACGCUCAACAUGGUAUGCAGCCAAUGCGAGUGUCUCAGUAUCCUCACGUUUGGCUUAUCUACAACGGAGAGAUUUAUAAUCACGCAAAUCUACAGCAGGAGUUUGAUUUCCAUUACGCCACUAAAUGUGACGGAGAGUCCAUUAUCCACCUAUACGCCCAGGGCGGGAUAGAGUUCGCGGCCAAACAUUUGGACGGAGUGUUCGCUUUCUGCCUCCUAGACACGACCAACAAAAAAGUGUACCUUGGCCGGGACACAUUCGGGGUCAAGCCGCUGUUUCGUAUUCUGAAGGAGGACGGCUUUUUAUCAGCGUGCUCUGAAGUCAAAGGGUUGGGAGACAACCCAACUGCAACCGUGGAACAAUUCCUACCCGGACACGUAGAGACGUAUGAUCUCGACUCCAUAGGACGAGCUACAUUUGUUGAGCGGACAAGGUUCCAUAAAAUAGGGGACGCCCCGGCAUACAAAACAGUGGUAAACCCUACAGACAAAGAUAUUAAAGCCAGCAUCAGGACCCUUUUUGAGGCUGCUGUAAAGAAGAGAAUGAUGGCAGAUCGUCGUAUCGGAUGUCUGCUGUCAGGUGGUCUUGACUCGAGUUUGACUGCGGCCACGUUGGUAACAUUAGCUAAAGAACAGAACCUACCAUACCCUGUACAGACGUUUUCUAUCGGGAUGAAGGACAGUACCGAUCUGGUGGCGGCCAGAAAGGUUGCUAAACACCUGAAAACAGAGCACCACGAGAUAGUUUUUAAACCUGAGGAAGGGAUCGCCGCCAUUGAAAGUGUCAUAUACCACCUGGAGAGUUAUGACAUCACCACCGUUAGGUCAUCUGUAGGGUUGUAUCUACUAAGUAAAUACAUCAAGCAGAAGACGGAUACAACAGUCAUUUUAUCUGGAGAGGGAUCAGACGAGAUCGCACAAGGCUACAUAUACUUCCACAAGGCGCCCUCUGUCGAGGACGGGAAUGAGGAGAGCAGCCGACUCUGUAAAGACCUAUAUAUGUAUGACGUACUCAGAAGUGACAGGUCCACGUCGGCUUGGGGACUUGAGAUACGAGUUCCCUUUCUUGAUCAUCAAUUCAGCAGUUACUACAUCUCAUUAGAACCUGAAAUGAAGGCGCCCAAGUACGGCAUAGAGAAAUAUCUGCUGCGGUCUGCUUUUGACAAAACGGGGUUACUUCCGGCAGAGAUUCUAUGGCGGCCAAAGGAGGACUUUAGUGACGGCGUGUCCUCUCAGACAAGGUCGUGGUACGAGGUUAUACAAGACUUUGUUGAUGAGCAAAUAGACGACACAGAAUUGGAGGAGAGUAGUCACCGUUUUCCACACAACCCUCCACGCAGUAAGGAAGCUCUAUACUACAGACGAGUAUUUGAGAAGUUCUAUACAGGACAGGGUCAUUUAUUACCGUACUACUGGAUGCCCAAGUGGUCAACAUCUUCAGAUCCCUCCGCCAGGACACUCAAACACUACAAACUUGAGGUUUUUGAACUGCAGGAGGAGUUUGAUUUCCAUUACGCCACUAAAUGUGACGGAAAGUCCAUCAGACACCUGUACGCCCGCGGCAGGAUUGACUUCGCAGCCAGACAUUUGGAAGGAGUGUUCGUUUUCUGCCUCCUGGACACGACCAGCAAGAAUGUCUACCUCGGCAGAGACACAUUCAGGGACAAACCGCUGUUUCGUAUUCUCAUGGGAAAUGUUUGUUUUAUCCGUUUGCUCCAAGGUCAAAGCCAGUUCGGAUAUGGAAGUCCCGAUGAUUUUGAAUGUGACAUAAUGGACUAUAAACAAGUCACCCUGGAAGACGACAUCACGGUUGGUGAAUUCAUUGACAGCACGAAGUUGCAGAAGUUGCGGUUUUACUUAGCCCUAAAGAAAAAAACGGACAUAUCAUUAGACAGUGAAAGUGAUGACUCUCUUCCUAACAUCAGAUCUCCGAAAAGAGCCAGAUAUGCAUCGGCGCUUUUCUACCAGGAUCCAGAGGUGUUGCUCGGUCCAACAGACAGACCAAGUAAUAUGGACGAAACUGUUAAUCUUCAGCAUGACAUAUAUGUGUUGCUUGAGGAAUACAGUGCAGAACCCUUCAGCACUCGACAAAAUCAAGAUAACUUGACAACUGCGUCAAGACCUGAAACAGCCAUAGAAGAGCGCAUCAUUCACGUUCGAAGAGUAAAUUGUAUGGCUGACCUCAUGGACGCAUUCUUAGAGGAUAAAGCGUUCCACAAGUCAUCACGACUGUCCGCACGCUAG